GCUUCAUUUCUUUCUCGCAAUACCGUCGCGAUUGCGUGUGUUUUGAAAUUGCAAUUGAGUGAACCCCUUCUGUCCCCGGUACCUCAAACUCUUCUUUCUGGGUGAGUAAAGAAAUCGAACAAUCGACGUGCAAUUCGAGCGCGCCUCAGAAGGUUUUAGUCUGGAAUAAAUAGCAAGAUGUCGUGGAAUCUGAGACAGAUGUUGAUGAUCCUGUUUGUCUUUGCAACGACCGUUCUCGCAGGUCGUUUUUCGGAUUUCUCACAUGCGAAGGGGUAUCAUCCGGAUUUGAAAGAGAGGGUCGAGGGAAAUAGAAAGAGAAAUCAUCCUGGGUAUGGGCAUGAGCAUGGGCAUGGGAAUGGGACGGAAGGGUUUCGAUUCCUGAAUAAACAUACGGAGGAAUAUCGUGUUGAAUCUCUCCCGGACAUUCCGUUUGAUAUUGGAGAAAUGUAUGCAGGAUUGAUGCCAAUUGAUAUGAAGAAUAAAUCAAGAGGACUUUACUUUGUCUUUGAGCCGACGGUUGGAGAGCCGGUUGAUGAGGUCACUAUUUGGCUGAAUGGAGGUCCUGGUUGCAGUUCUCUAGAAGCCUUCUUUCAAGAAAAUGGACGGUUUAUCUGGAGUUGGGGAAUGUAUGCUCCGCAGAUUAAUCCAUAUUCUUGGGUUAAUCUUACGAAUGUUCUUUGGGUUGAACAACCAGUUGGAACGGGAUUCUCGAUCGGUGAAGUGACUGCUACAACUGAAGAAGAUAUCGCAGAGGAUUUUGUCAAAUUUUUCUUAAAUUUCCAAAAGACGUUUGGAAUUAAGAAUUUCAAGAUCUAUGUUACGGGGGAGAGUUACGCAGGAAGAUAUGUCCCGUAUAUAUCGUUGGCUAUGUUGGAGAGAAAUGAUACGGAUUAUUUUGAUGUGUCUGGAGCUUUAGCUUAUGAUCCCGUCAUUGGCUCCUACGUAUAUGCACAACAAGAAGCCCCAGCUGUUCCAUUCCUUUUGCAGAACAACAACAUAUUCGGUCUCAACGCAAGUUUUGUGGCUCAGUUAGAAGCACUUCACGAAUCAUGCGGUUACUCGGAUUUCAUAUCGCAAUAUUUAACCUUUCCGCCAUCUGGUGUUCAACCCCCUAAAUACUUCGACUACAACAAUGAUACUGAUGUAGCAUGUGAUCUUUGGGGUUCAAUCUACUAUGCAGCAUAUGGACCAAAUCCCUGUUUCAACGUUUAUGAAAUCGUUACUCAAUGUCCCCUUCAAUCUGAUCCACUCGGUUAUCCAUCGGACUUGCAGUAUCUAUAUCCAGGAUUUGAUCAAAUAUAUUUCAAUCGGACAGAUGUGAAAAAAGCUAUGCAUGCACCUAUGGAAAUAGACUGGAACGAAUGUUCCGGCCCAGUAUUCAUCGGAGGAGACGACGGCGAAGGCGGACCCGAACAAGAAGGAGAUCUCAGUGCCGAUCCCAUCCAAUCCGUUCUUCCCCUCGUCAUUGAAGCUACCAACCGCGUGCUCAUCGCUAACGGUAAUCUCGAUUUCGAAAUCCUCACAAAUGGUACACUUCUUGCCAUUCAAAAUAUGACGUGGGGAGGAAAAUUGGGGUUCCAAGAGAAACCUGCAAAGCCAAUUGUGAUUACGUUGCCGGACCUUCAGUAUGGAAAUCUGUUUAUUGAGGAGGGCUUUGGACCUGUGGAUGAACCGCAGGGAACGAUGGGAGUGCAGCAUUUUGAACGUGGCUUGAUGUGGGCGGAGACAUUUUUGAGCGGUCAUAUGCAACCGCAGUUUCAGCCGAGGAGCAGUUAUAGACACUUACAGUGGGUUUUGGGUAGGAUUGAUGAAUUGUAGAUAGAUUUGUUCAAUCGGUGUGUGAGAAGUUGAGACCGGUAGGUAGGAAGGCUUAGGAAUCGAUCAAGACAUUUCGAUGGGAAAUGAGUGUUGAAUGUCAAGGUUUUCAAUGGUGUUUUAUUUAUCUAUUUAUUGCAGAAUUAGGUACUACUAGUCUGUAGUUAGACAAAAUAAAAGCUAAAGAUGUAUAUAUAGAUA